AUGACAUCUGCUCACAAGUCUGGCAGUCCCAUUCAGAAAGCGUCUCCUUCACCAGCCUCUCACACCUCUCACGCCUCUCACGCCUCUCACGCCUCUCACGCCUCUCAUACUUCUCACGCCUCUCGGCAUUCUCAUCACUCUCACCACUCUCGCUCUCUUCGCCGUCGUCGUCGUCGUCGCAGCCGUCGCUCGUCCCAUUCUGCCGCUCCAAAGCCUGAAUCGCCUCGAGUCGUGCUCGGCCACGGCGCCAUCGCUCGUCUGCCAACAGAGCUCAACAAGCUCUGUCUUUCCUGCCCACUCAUCAUCUGCAGCCCGUCUCGCCUUUCGCUUGCGAAUCGCAUCCGCUCCCUCUUGCCCAAUUUCGACGCCUACAUCAUAGAUUCAGAUACGCGCCCAGGCUCGGCCAUUUUAUUCGGUCGCGACUCUGUAAUCAGCGUUGGAGGGCCUCGAGCCGUCGAAAUGGCGAAACGAAUCAGCUUGAAGAUGACCAUUCCGCAUGUUUGCAUUCCGACAACGCAUACCGGGGCGGCUGAUGACCUUUCCCCGUGUAGGGACCAGCAGAUGGCUUGUGACAGUCCUACAAAUUUUGAAGAGGAGGAUAGUGAUGCAUGCGGUAAUAGUAAGAACAAGAUGCUGCCGACGGUGAUCAUAUACGACGAAAGAUUCACGGGGAGCCAUACAAGGCGAUUUUCUGCCCCAUCAGGAGUCUUUGAUGGCACUGAUGGCGAUGUUAGUGACGAAGUUGAAGCCGAUACUAGUGCAGCCUAUGUUACCACAGCUGCUGUUAACAAAACGGAAUGGAGAUCUGCUAAGAGCAGCACCGCUCAGUGGAGCUAUCUCAAUCUUCCUGGAGUCUGA